CUCAUCACAUGAUCUCCGCAUCACGUGAACGCCGCCAGGAAGCGUUCCGCGGCUAACUUGUGCACGCUGAGACGACUUGGCUGGUCUCCAUGGCGGAGCUGCGGGGUGUGCUGGUUUUCUUACUCUCGGUGGGCGCCGCCGCUGCAGUAUGGCCUCAGCCCCAGUUCCUGAGCGUGGCUACCGAGGGCGGUUGCCGUCUCAGCGCCAGGCGGUUCCGAUUCGCCUAUGCCGACUCCUCGGCGGUGGGUCCGGGCUGCGACGUGUUGGAUCAGGCGUUUCGACGCUAUUGGGCGCUGCUUUUCUCUGUCGCCCGCAAUGACUCAGAGACUGCCCGAUCUGAGGAUGCAUGCAGUGAGCUGCUUGUGUCUGUCACCAAACCGGAGUGUGAUGGCUAUCCAUCGCUGGACACCCCAGAGAACUAUAAACUGACCGUUUCAGAUGAGCAGAUGCUUCUGACCGCAUAUACUGUCUGGGGAGCUCUCAGAGGUUUGGAAACCUUCAGCCAGCUUGCCUGGAGGAACGAUGAUGGGACGUUCUGCAUAAACAAGACAGAUGUUGUCGACUUCCCCCGCUUUCCUCACCGAGGUCUCCUGCUUGACACGUCUCGGCAUUACCUGCCUUUGAAAGCAAUUCUAGAGACACUGGAUGCCAUGGCCUAUAACAAGCUCAACGUCUUUCACUGGCACAUUGUGGAUGAUCCAUCCUUUCCGUACGAGAGCAUAAUGUUCCCAGAUCUGAGCUGGAAGGGGGCCUACCAUCCUGCCACCCAUGUGUACACUGUUAGUGAUGUGAAGACGGUGAUUGAGCACGCCCGGCUACGUGGGAUCAGGGUGAUUCCAGAAUUUGACACCCCUGGCCAUACCCAGUCUUGGGGUCCAGGCACCCCAGGCUUGUUGACUCCCUGCUAUGCAGGCCUAAGCCCCACUGGAUCCUAUGGGCCAGUCAAUCCCAUCCUCAAUGCAACUUACCAAUUCAUGGCCAAGUUUUUUGCUGAAGUUAGUGCUGUAUUUCCGGACUUCUACAUUCACCUGGGAGGAGAUGAAGUUGAUUUCUCAUGCUGGAAGUCUAAUCCAGAGAUCCAGACAUUUAUGCAGAAGAUGGGGUUUGGCCAAGACUACGCUAAGCUGGAGUCAUUUUAUAUCCAGAGGCUAAUGGAUAUAGUCUCUGCCUAUGUCAAGAGCUACGUGGUGUGGCAGGAAGUUUUUGAUAACGGAGUGAAGUUGAAGCCUGAUACCCUCAUACACGUGUGGAAAGAAAAUGCUGGGCCAUAUCAAGAAGAGAUGGCUUGUGUCACCAAAGCUGGCUACCGCGCUCUUCUCUCUGCUCCCUGGUAUCUGAACCAUAUCUCUUACGGGCAGGAUUGGCUGGCGGUUUAUCAGGUGGAACCUCUGGCAUUUGAAGGCAGCGCAGAGCAGAAAGCUUUGGUGAUUGGUGGAGAGGCCUGUAUGUGGGGUGAAUACGUGGAUGUGACAAACCUGACCCCAAGACUCUGGCCCAGAGCUGGGGCUGUAGCAGAGAGAUUAUGGAGCAACCAAACUGUCAGAAACCUGGAAGAUGCUUACAUGAGACUGGUGGACUUCCGAUGUGUACUGCUUAGACGAGGGAUCCGGGCAGAGCCCCUGUUUACUGGAUACUGUGACUAUGAAUACACUGCAUUUUGACUUUUGCACCCCCAGCUCCUGUUCUCCUCCUGUGGGGAUGGAGAGGCUAGGAAUGUUUUUUUAAAAAAAUAAAGUUUCAGUGGUAUCAUCAAAGAAAAA